AUGCUGAAAGGCAGAAGGAAACAUGUUCUCUGGAAUAUUGGAAGGAGGAACUAUUAUGAGCAGCAGGCUAUUUCUGACAGCAAAACCAAUGUCAUGCAGGUGGGGUUUUUCAGAGAAUCUGCCUUGCCAGAAACCAAUCCACUAGUCUCUUGUACUGCUUCUUUGAUUAGCUGUGGGGUGUUAUGCUGGGGAAGAGACCAAGAGAAAGUGAGAAGGUCAUCAAAGAGGCCAGGACACACGGUCCUAACAUUCCAAGUGGCUAGUUCUAUGAUUGCUGGUUUAUUCUUUGUUCUCUGUGUUUUUGGUGGUAAAACUACUGCAAAAGGCUUCCCUAGAGAGACUUCAGAUUCUUCUGACAAAGUACAGAAAAGCAGGAAACGAUUUAACAAAGAAACUAUUGAGGAAUCUGCUUCUGAGUCAGAAUUUUUUGUGGCUGCACAUGCUUACAAGAACCCUAUAGACAGUGGUGGCUUUGGUGCAAAACCCAAACGAAUUAAGUCAAAAAUUCCUGUUCGUACCACUAAAGUAGAUAAUCCUUUGCCUAUUCAGUUAGAGAGCUCAGAGAGCCUCCCACAACCAAGUGGAUCAGGAUCAGCUGUGGAUUCUAGUUAUUCUAAAGCUAUAAAAAAACAAGGAUCACGAAAGAAUUUGCGUUCUGGUUCCCAUUCAGAAAUUUUGCCCACUUCAAGCAUUCGACUUGAUAAUCAGGUAAAAAGCCGAGGGAAAAGGAAACAGACCAAAAAGAGAGAGAGCAACCCAACGUCUUUAACAAGUGAACUUCACUUGAACAACGCUGGUCCAUCAGGUACAAUAAUUGCAGCUGUUACUACUGAAGAAGACAGUUUGGCAGCUGCAGCCGAAGUCCGCCCAAUACCUUCUAAAAAGAUCAGGACUUGUAUUCAAGAUCUGAACAGUGGAAAAGAAGCUUCUCUAUUAAAAGCAUCAUCUAAGAAAACAAGGAGUGGAGUGCCAAACAGAUCAUCUACUUCAAGAAGUGGGGUAAACAGGUUGGACAACGUCCAGUCAGGUCUCAAAGCCAAAAAGACGGGAUCCUGUGCUAGCAGUAGAAAUGGUGAGGAGUCAGUACAGUUUUCAAGUACAGCAUCAAGUUCUGCCGGAGCCACUGCAAUGACUUCUGAGAGUGAAUCUGAAGAAUCUGAUAUGGGCAGAUUACAAGCAUUGUUAGAAGCGCGUGGCUUACCAUCCCAUCUCUUUGGAGCCCUUGGUCCACGCAUGCAUCAACUACUGCACAGAACAAUGGCGGGGGGCACCAUGAACAAAGUGCAACAAUUAUUACAAGGUCUUCAAGCUGUCAAUGAUGAAGGACAGCAGCUGACAGCUGUUAUAGAAAUGUGUCAGCUUCUUGUGAUGGGCAAUGAAGACACUUUGGCAGGCUUUCCUGUGAAACAAGUUGUUCCGGCUUUGAUUACAUUGUUGCAAAUGGACCAUAACUUUGAUAUGAUGAACCAUGCUUGUCGUGCUCUUACCUACAUGAUGGAAGCAUUGCCACGCUCUUCAGCUGUUGUUGUUGAGGCUGUACCUGUGUUUUUAGAGAAAUUACAAGUGAUCCAGUGUAUGGAUGUUGCUGAGCAAGCUCUAACUGCUUUAGAGAUGCUUUCACAAAGGCACAGUAAAUCUAUUUUACAGGCAGCUAAUGGCGGCAUUGCAGCUUGCUUGAUGUAUUUGGAUUUCUUCUCCAUCUCUGCUCAACGAUCAGCAUUAACAAUUACAGCGAAUUGUGUGCAGAAUUUAACAGCUGAUGAAUUUCAUUAUAUAAGAGACUCUUUGCCAUUACUUAGUGCCAGAGUAAAUCACCAAGACAAGAAAUCAGUGGAAAGCUGCUGCUUGUGCUUCUCUCGUCUUGUUGACAACUUUCAACAUGAUCAAAGGAUCUUGAAAGAAAUUGCUGUUCAUGGUCUUCUCACAAAUAUCCAGCAAUUACUGGUUGUGAGUCCUCCUAUAAUAAACACAGGAACAUUUGUGAUGGUAAUACGAAUGCUGGCGCUUAUGUGUGGGAGCUGUCCUGAUUUGGCUGUUGUCUUACUAAAACAGAAAAUAGCUGAAACAUUGUGUUAUUUGCUGGUUGGUUCCUCAGACCAAGCUUCUCAAAGUAUUGAGCUGAUUUCCAGGACACCUCAAGAAUUGUAUGAAAUUGUUUGUUUAAUUGGUGAAUUAAUGCCGAAACUGCCAUCAGAUGGCAUAUUCUCAAUUGAUUCUAUGUUAAAGAAGGGAUCGUCUGUCAGUGGUGAUGCUGUUAUUUGGCAAUGGAGAGAUGAUCGUGGAAUGUGGCAUCCCUAUGCAUUGAUUGAUAGCAGAAUCAUUGAGGCAGCUCAUCAAUCAGGUGAAGAUGAAGUAAGCCUGUCUACAAUGGGAAGAGCUUAUACAAUUGACUUUAACUCUAUGCAACAAAUCAACGAAGACACUGGCACAGCACGGCCAGUUCAGAGAAAAGUUAAUUCAUUGGUUGCUAGUUGUAUUCACUCUGCUUCUUCCUCCUCUUCCUCCUCUUCCUCCUCUGAUCCAAAUGUUGAACAAUGUGAUUCCAGAGAGGAAAUAUUAAAAGAAGAUAUAGAUCUUGCCUCUGCAUUUAUUCAAACUCUCUUUGCAGUUUUAUAUGAAGUAUAUAGUUCAUCGGCUGGACCUACUGUGAGACAUAAAUGUCUACAAACAUUGUUGAGAAUGAUCUAUUAUGCUAGCUCAAAUCUUCUCAAAGUUGUCUUGAAGAAUCAACCUGUUUCCAGUCACAUAGCAGCUAUGAUGGCUUCACAAGAUUUAAAGGUAGUUGUUGGUGCCAUACAAAUGGCUGAUGUUCUCAUGCAGAAACUUCCAGACAUAUUCAGCAUUUACUUUAGGCGAGAAGGAGUUAUGCACCAGAUAAAGAAGUUAACAGAAAUCGAAGUCCAAAGUGCAUCUUCUCUUCCAAAAGGCAGUACUGUUGCCCCUGGUUCAGCAUCAGGCUCAAGUUCGAGUCUCAGUAGUAGUAAUGCUGAUGCCAUUGAGCGGAAAGAUUCCUACUUCAGCAUGGUAACAGUAGGAGCUACAGGAGAAUCAGAAGAACACAGUUCUCAAAUACAACUGGAAUUACCCAGAAUCUUCGACAUGGAGCCUGUGGGCAGUGGAUCCCGGGGGCCUUUUUUACGACUUAGUGAUGUCUUGAAGAGGAAGAAGCCAUCAAAGCGUGGACCAACAAAGAAGGGAAAUAAAACUGAUGAUGCUAAUGAUCUCGGAGUGAAAAGUCCCAGUUUGUGUGGGAGCCGAUCAUCUAGUCGUGGAAAAGCUUCGAUUCUACUCAUUGUAGGUAAAGAAUUUAAAUCUGCCACAUCUACAAAGAGUUCUUUUUUACCAAGUUUGAAUCCAAGAAGCUGGGGAAAACUUGGCAGCUUAAAUGUUGAUAAAGCUAUUCUUACAAAAGAAGGUCCAGUCUCUAAGAUGGUGUCAUCAAAUACAUAUGGUCAUAAAGAAAAGGUGAAAACAUGGAUCAAAGAACAAGCAAUCAGAUUCCUCGACCAGUAUUUCAAUUCUGACACCCAUAGCCAUCCUGCUUUAAACAUGUUGAAUCGGUUGUGUUCUGCAACAGACAAUCUUACCAUUGAGGAAGAUAAUGGAAUUCAGGCACUUCAAGAAAUUUGUGAUAUUAUGCGAAGCAGUGAUGUCUCUCCUUUUGAAGUGAUACACAGUGGCCUUGUGAAUAAACUCUUACAAUACCUCACUGCCAACUCUGCAACAGUUGCAAGAGAUGAAAGGAUACGGCGUUUUCUCCACGUGUUCCUCAACUGUCCAGCUCCUGAUUCAGUGUUUGUGAAAGAAAUUGAAGUAAGUGAUCCACCUGCACUUAGUCCAUUGGUCAGUAAACUGAUUGGCUGCCUUCAUCAUUUAGAACAGUUUCAGGUUAAAGUUCAUGAUCUUCCAGGUGGUGUGACAGGCACUGGGAGAGGUUCAAAUGCUCUUAAGUUUUUCAACACACACCAGUUGAAGUGCCAUUUGCAACGACACCCGGAGUGUUCUAAUCUAAAACAGUGGAAAGGAGGACCUGUCAAGAUUGACCCAUUAGCUUUGGUUCAAGCUAUUGAGCGAUAUUUAGUCAUGAGAGGAUAUGGAAGAAUACAGUUGGAGGGUGGAGAUGAUGGCAGUGAUGAAGACAACUCUGAUGAUGAUGAUGUUGAUACCAUGGCUGCCGUAUUCAUCAACCAAGUAACUGCUCGUCAUAAAUUAGAAUUUUUGAUUGGUGAUCACUUAUUACCUUACAAUAUGACUGUGUAUCAAGCAGUGAAACAAUUCAGUCUGCCGACAGAAAAGGAAGGAAGUGAAACUGACACAGAUUCAGAAAACCCAUUUGGCAAUGCAGGAAUCUGGGUUCAAACUCACACAAUAUGGUAUCGGCCUGCUUCUGAACAAGAAGAUGCUGUUGCUGCCACAAGUCCAAAGAAAACUAGAGCUGAGACGAAAAGCUGUAAAUCGUCUGGAAGAAGUCGACGGGGUGAUGAGCUGUGGAAUGAUGGUCUUUGUCCCAAGAUAGUGCCUGCUUUGAAUGCAUACCUCACUGACAAGUUACCUGCCUUUGUUACUGUACAAGAUCUUUCUUUAGAUGUAAUUACACUGCUGAGAGUGCUCCAUGCCUUCAAUAGAUACUGGUCAACCAUGUAUGAAGAGUCUUCCCAACUAUCUCCAAUCCUUUCUCCAACUGAAUUCAUUAGUUCAAAACUCACUGCCAAAGCUAACAGACAGUUACAGGAUCCAUUAGUCAUAAUGACUGGUAAUCUUCCUGUUUGGUUGGCUGAAAUAGCUGCAGCAGCACCAUUCCUUUUUCCCUUUGAUACUCGCCAAAUGCUUUUCUAUGCUACAUCAUUUGAUCGUGACCGAGCAAUGAUGAGGUUACAAGAUAACAAUACUGAUUCUACAACAACAGACACAACUGACCGAGUUGCUCCCCGACUGGAACGGAAAAGGCGUACAGUCAGUCGAGUGGAUAUCUUAAAACAAGCAGAGAAACUCAUGGAUGAGCUGGCUUCCACAAAAGGAUUACUGGAAAUACAGUAUGAGAACGAAGUUGGUACAGGAUUGGGACCCACAUUAGAAUUCUAUGCAUUAAUUUCUAAAGAAGUACAAAGAGCAGAUCUUGAUAUGUGGCGAGGCGACAUUGUGAAACAGAUGGAUUUUUCUGGUUCAGGAAGUGAUGUUGAGUAUAUUACAUCUCCUUGUGGUUUGUUUCCUUCUCCACUUGCUCGUAACACCAAAGCUGCUGUUGUCAACAAAAUCAAAGCCAAAUUUAAAUUCUUUGGAAAAUUCUUAGCUAAAGCAUUGAUGGAUUCAAGAAUGAUUGAUGUGCCAAUAAGUCUGGUAUUUUUCAAGUGGAUCUUAGGCCAAGAGCACAGUCUCACAUCCAAAGAUCUACAGUAUAUUGAUCCUGUUGUUGCUAGGUCCUUUUACGAACUCGAAGAUAUUCUCAGGCAGAAAAAAAGAAUAGAAGCGGACCAGUCUCAUACUGAAGAAUCUCGCCAGUUGGCUCUCGACAGUUUGACAAUGGAUGGCUGCACAAUUGAAGAAUUGGAUUUAGAUUUUACCCUUCCAGGUCAUGUAAAUAUUGAAUUAAAAAAGGGUGGCAAGGACAUUCCUGUAACAUUAGAAAACCUAGAAGAAUAUUUACAGCUUGUUGUCCAUUGGAAUCUUGUUGAAGGUGUAUCAAGACAAUUUGAAGCUUUUAAAGAGGGUUUUGAAUCAGUAUUUCCUCUUUCAACUUUACAGUGUUUCUACCCUGAAGAGCUUGAGCAACUAUUUUGUGGAAGUCGAAGUGAAGUCUGGGAAGUGAAGAUGCUAAUGGAAUGUUGCCGUCCUGACCAUGGUUAUACUCAUGAUAGCAAAGCUGUCAAAUAUUUGUUUGAAAUAUUAAGUUCAUACCUUGGAGAAGACCAACGCCGUUUCUUACAGUUUGUUACUGGCUCUCCAAGACUUCCAGUUGGUGGUUUCCGCAGUUUAAAUCCACCUCUGACUAUUGUACGAAAGACAUUCUCUAAUUCUGAAAACCCUGAUAACUCCCUUCCAUCUGUGAUGACUUGUGUGAAUUAUUUAAAACUUCCGGACUAUUCUUCAGUGGAAGUGAUGCGAGACAAGCUGAACCUUGCUUCACAGGAAGGACAGCUUUCAUUCCACCUAUCUUAAAGUACAGUGCCACUCACGUCCCUAUGAUGGACGAUCUAGAUGGUGAUGACCCAACAGCAGUUUGCACUGACAAAGAAAUAAGAAAAGAAAAAAGCCCCACAGAAUUUAAAAAAAAAAACAAAUCAAAAAUCAAACAAAAACUGACAACAGGAAAAAAAGGAAAUCAACUGCCACCAUCUGACUGGCAGAAGAUCAUUCCAAGGACAUGUACCAGGUUGAAAGAAACAUUUUUUUAAUCUUUUCAGUAAUUCUGGUAAAUGACUGGUGAGUGUAGAUGGUGAUCAAAAACCAUUCCUAAACUUAUUUUAACAUUUAUCUAGAAAAUUUCGCCUUAUAUGCUUUGUGAGGGAGAGUGCAAAUGUUCAUGACAGAUAAACUGGUACAAAUAUCUCCAAGUUUGCCAACAAAAUGUAUAGACAUGAUUUGACCAGUUGCCACUAUGCACCUAUACAUUCAUCCUUAGGAUUCAACACACAGCUAAUGUGUGAAGGAUUGACAUUUGUAAAAUAUUGACAUGAGUGGCGUUUGUGGCCCCCCUAUCUCCCCGGGACUAGAUGUCUAAAAAAAAAAAAAAAAUAUAUAUAAAAUAAAAUAAAAAUUGGCUAACAAGUUGUAGCCAUGCUGUUUGUGCUUGAUAUGUUUGUACUGAAAUAAUAAAGUUAUAAAGUUA